AUGGCGCUGCAGGGCCUCCUGGGCAAUCUGUUGCAGUGGGCCAUGGAGGCGAGAAGAGUCAAAGAUGUGAUAUCGCCAAUAGUCUUUGAAGCUACAUACAGCCUUGGGAAACAUAUUGUGGAAAAAGAAGAAAAAGAAUUACCUGCUCUCAAGCCUGUACUCCGAUGGAAAAAAGGCCAGAAGAUGUCACAGAGAAACCAGACUAUUUUUGAAAGAAAUUGUCAGUCUGAUGAUUGUGCUGCUGACCUGAAGCUCCACGGUAAACUCUUCCUAUCUAGUGUUGAUGACAGGGCUCCUUAUCUGGCUUUGGGAGCUGUGAAGAACAUCUCGCUGAACAUCACCAUUUCUAACAUUGGGGAUGAUGCUUAUGACACAAACAUCGCUUUCAACUUUUCCAGAGAGCUUUUCUUUAUCAAAAUGUGGCAAAAGGAUGAGAUGGGUAUUGCUUGCGAAUUGCUGGAACCGGACUCAGACUUCCUUAAGUGCAGCGUGGGUUUUCCCUUCAUGAAAUCUAAAUCCAAGUAUGAAUUCAGUGUUAUUUUUGACACAAGCCAUUUGUCUGGGGAAGAAGAAAUUCUUUCAUUCCUUGUAUCUGCUCAGAGUGGGAACUUGGAACACAAUCUUCAGGACAAUUCUCUCACGUUGACAAUUCCCUUGAUGCAUGAAGUGGAUUCAUCCAUCACUGGAACAGUGUCCCCCAGUUCUUUUAUUUAUGGUGAAUCAGUCGCAGCAUCUCAGUUUACAAAGCUGGAAGAUUUUGAGUGUCAUUUUCAGGAUUUAAAUUUUACUCUUCAGGUCUACAAUGCUGGGCCAAGUACCCUUCCUGGAUCUUUUGUUGCCAUUUCAAUUCCCAAUCGUCUCUCAGCUACUGGAGCUGAUAUGUUCCAUAUUCGACAGAUAAUGGUUGCCCAGGACAAAGGGAACUGCUCUUUUCAGAAUAACUCAACACCAUGUGUUAUUCCUCAGGAAAAGGAAAAUAUUUUUCAUACAAUAUUUGCCUUUUUUACCAAGUCUGGGAGGAAAGUACUGGAUUGUGAAAGACCAGGCAGGUCCUGCUUAAUUAUACGGUGUAACUUAAGUUCACUAGCAAAAACUGAAUCCCGUAGCAUAGAUGUGCAAAUGCUUUUGAAUACAGAGAUAUUAAAAAAGGAUACCUCAUCAGUGAUUCAGUUUGUAACACGAGCAAAGGUGAGAGUGGACACAAGCAACCGGGCAAUCGAAGUACCUAAUGCAAAUUCUGAACAUGCAACAGUGAUCUUUGAGGCCUUGCACAAUCUGGAGCCUCGUGGUUAUGUGGUUGGAUGGAUCAUCGCUAUCAGUUUACUGGUGGGAAUUCUCAUCUUCCUGUUAUUGGCUGUAGUGCUAUGGAAGAUGGGCUUCUUUCGCAGAAAAUACAAAGAAAUCAUUGAGGCUGAGAAGAAUAGACAAGAGAAUGAAGAUAGUUGGGACUGGGUCCAGAAAAACCAAUGAAUUAUAUUGGGGGUAAGGAAACAUUAAAAUCCUGGCCAUGUGGUACACAGUUGUUCCCUAUUGGUCCUGCUCUUGUAUCUUCCAUAUGUGGAAGAAGGAAUCUUCUCCAGAUUUUCCGGAGGCCUCAUUGAUGCGGUUGUUCUUCAUCACCUUACAGUAGGGAACAUAUCUUGAGGCAACCACUGCAGACUUGUCAGGUGACUGAAGCAAUUUAUACAUCUUGGAAGAAAUGAACUUGGAUGACUAAGCUGCAGUGCAGAUCAAUAUUUAUGAAUCCAACAUAUAUGUGGUAUACCCUCAGGGGAAGACUGUUUCCGAAA